GUCAAAGUACAUGAAGAAUAUGGCGGCUCGUCUUACGAUAAUAGACAAAGGUGUAUGAAAAUGGAUUUACAAGAAAAAGAAUGAAUCAAAUGUCUUAGGAAUACUUGUUUUUAUCAUUAUUUUUUCGAAAAAUUUACAGUUCAAAUAAUUACAACGUUAUUUUAAUUCGUAUGGCUCAAUUAACAGGGCGAUUCUGUGCCAAAGCGACAGGAGAGUACAAAACAACACCAGGUUUGGUGAUUGUUUUGAACGCGAUAAGGUUGAUUAGGAACUCUGUUAAUGCCUAGUACAUUCUCUUGUCCCCAGUGUUCGAUGGCAUCGAACAAAAACAAUGCUUACAACCGAGUUCAGACGACGAGUAGCCGUUUAUGGACAGCUGUUUUUGAUUAUGAAGCCAGGCGUGAAGAUGAAUUAACUCUAAGAAGGGGUACACUAGUGGAAGUUUUAUCAACAGAUUCUCAUAUAUCAGGAGAUGAGGGUUGGUGGACAGGUAGGGUGGGUAAUAAAGUGGGAAUUUUCCCAAGUAACUUUGUUGCAAUUGACAUUAACAGCAGUGUUGCUAGUGGACUCCAUAACAAAUUUCCAUCGAAUCGACCAUUUGAAAUCGAUUUCAAUGAACUGCAGUUGGAAGAAGUUAUUGGUGUUGGUGGGUUUGGAAAAGUGUAUCGUGGAAUAUGGAACGGGGAAGAAGUUGCUGUCAAAGCUGCCAGACAAGAUCCAGAUGAACCAGUUAUUUCUACAAUCGAAAGUGUUCGACAAGAGGCUAAAGUCUUUUGGUUACUUGAUCACAUUAACAUUGCUGCUUUGAAAGGAGUCUGUUUAAAAGAACCAAAUUUAUGUUUAGUUAUAGAAUAUGCAGCAGGUGGAUCCUUGAAUAGAAUAUUAUAUGGCAGAAGAAUCCCACCUGAUGUUCUUGUUGACUGGGCUAUUCAGAUUGCUAGGGGAAUGAACUAUUUACAUGAGGAAUCCCCCAUUCCUCUUAUACAUCGUGACCUCAAAUCAAGCAAUAUACUCAUCAAAGAACCGGUAGAGAAUGACGAUAUAUAUGACAAAACUUUGAAAAUAACGGACUUUGGUUUAGCAAGAGAGGUAUCCAAAACAACUAGGAUGAGUGCUGCAGGAACAUAUGCAUGGAUGGCACCGGAAGUUAUUAAAACUUCUACCUUCUCUAAAAGCAGUGAUGUCUGGAGCUAUGGUGUUUUAUUAUGGGAGUUAUUAACAGGAGAAACACCAUACAAAGGAAUCGAUGCUCUUGGUGUAGCUUAUGGUGUUGCUGUAAACAAGCUGACACUACCAAUACCCUCUACCUGCCCUGGACUCUUCUCCAAGCUCAUGUCAGAUUGUUGGCAUCAGGAAUCCCAUCAACGGCCAACGUUUAAUGAAAUUCUGUCUCGUCUUGCGGACAUUGCUGCCUCGCCAUUUAUGACUACACCUCAGGAGUCUUUUCAAACUAUGCAAGAGGACUGGCGACUGGAAAUUGAAGCUAUGUUUGAUGAACUUCGUAGUAAAGAAAAGGAACUCCGUUGUAGAGAGGAAGAACUUACAAAAGCAGCAUUACAACAGAAGAAAGUGGAGGAAUUGUUACAUAAACGAGAGCAAGAGCUUAAAGAAAGAGAAAUUGAACUUGUAGAAAGAGAACUUAACAUUAUGAUUUUACAACAGAUCAUGGGAGCCCCCAAACCAAGAAUUAGGAAGGGAAAGUUUAAAAAGAGUCGACUAAAAUUAAUCAAAGCUGGAGGCCCUGCUAUUAGUCAGCCUUCAGAUUUCCGCCAUAACAUUACAGUACAACAUGAAUUUCAUCCUCCUGCACCAUCAAGUCCUGAUAGUCAUGAUAGUCCACCUCAGUCUCCUGCUUAUACACCAGCAAGACUUCGUGCAAUAGCAUAUCCAGCAUCAGAAGGAGUAAAGGGGAGGACAUGGGGACCAAGUUCAGUUCAGAAGGAGCGACAUCAACGACAAUCAAUUUACUUUGCUGAUGGAAGAUGGUCUAAAAGUGCUCCAACUCUGAAGAAUAUGGGUGGACAUUCCAACAUCGGAGCUCUCAGAGAUUUAUAUGAUGAUGAAAAUGAAUGGCCGUCAGACGUGAACGAUUCUAAAAAACACAUUCCAAAUGGUGGAGAAAUGAGCAGUUUUAAAUUGUCAAGUAAACGGUCUGAUAAGUCAGACAAAAUAAUCGAUAGUGCUUUAAUGAACAUGGCUACUAUGUUGUGUUCAGUUGCUAUAGGUUAUGAUUUACGGGUUCCUAUUCAGAAAGAUGACACGAAAGUGACUCGCAGGAAGAGAGACUCGUAUAUUGGGAACCGUAGAGAUGCUUAUAAUCAAGCAGUUCGUGACUCGUUUAUUGAAUCGGAUGAUGCAGCUGCAUAUCGUUUUACUUCGGCAGCAGGGUAUCCACAUAAUACAUAUCAUGGAUAUCAGGUGAAACGGAGACCAAGUUUGAACUUCGAUGAUCUGCCUUUGCAGUUCAAGGACUUUGCAGAAUGUGACAGCCCGUCGACUCUUCAAUCUACAAGUACACUUACAUCCCAGACUACGGUUCAAAGGAGGUCGUUGUAUGGAAGUGAUAAUGACUCACCUAUUCCGGAACGAACCCAUAACGUCUUACAACGUCAAACAUCAAAUAGUAGCAAUUAUGACACUCCAAAAUCUUCUAAAAAUAGGCAUUCAGUGACGUUUGAGGACGAUGUUUUACGUGAUGCCAAAAACUUGUCAUUUGUAAAUACCUCAUCACAAGAUCAGGGUUCACAAAAUUCCAGGAAUUCUUCAGAGUAUUCUAAGCGUCAGCAAGAACAGAGUGAUCCCGCUCCACCUAUACCUCCAAGGAGAAAACCUAACGGUGAAACCCCCGAGAGGCCAAAAACCUUAGACAUGGGGCCACGCAAUAGGCCCACUCUUACACGAUAUUCUGCCACACAGCCAAUGUUUAAUGGGAAGAAAGAUUCUCCACAAAGUUCAGGUGACCUAGUUUCCAGUUCUGAUACUACACCGUACUUCUCUACAAGAUCGAGUUUGUCACCUGGUCACACCCCACCUCAUAUUGCCCAUCAGACCACACUGCUAGAUAUUGACGUAGACGGCCAGAGUCAGGAUGGUACUAGACCAUUAUUGCAUGGCCAUAAAUUUACAAUAUCUGAUAACGAUGUACUUUACUGAACAAAACCAGUUUCAGGGCAACUCUGAAUAUGUUUUUUUUUUAAACUUGAUUGCUGUAUUCUUACCUCCUCCUAAAAAUUUGCCUUACUAAAAAAAACAACUGUUUACCAUUUUUUACCAAGAAAAUUUCAUAUUCAUAUUCACUAUUUUUUUACUGGAUUUAAAAUUUUCAAACUAUGCAGUAUAUUAAUUUCCCUACCAAAUUUUAUUAAACAAAUUAACAAAAUUGAGAUACAGCAAACAAAGAAUUUUUAAAAAUUGCUUGCAUUUUAUGUGAUAUUUAUUGCAUUAUGUAUAUUUCUUUUUGGCCUUAAUUUAGUUCCAUUUACCAAAAAUUGUUAAAUCAGUAAGUUAACAUAUUGUACUUUCAGCGGCUUUUCUUUUUUGUCUUCUCAUAACAUUUCAUUAAAAAAGAUCCAAAUAAUUACCAGCUGUAUUGAGUUUUUUUUUAUAUUCAUUGUAACUAUAUCACCCCAUUUUUUCACCUGAUCAACAGUGGCUUAAAUAACUGCAUACAAAUAGACAAUCUGUAAAAGGAAAGGACUACCAUGUAAUGAUAUAUAGAUUCUCUAAUUUUCAUGCUUUUUUCACAUUUUUGGAUUGGUGUGAGAAAAUAUUUCUCAUCUGUAGAGAAAACUUUGUUUGGUUGAAAUUCAAUUAUGACGUCAAAUUUCCUAGGUUUCUUCUGAAUUUCCUAUUGUGAUGUCAUAAAAAAAGGCAACCAUGCUUGAUACGUCACAUUUAAAUAACACAACUUUCUGCAAAUCUUUGAAAAGGAAGGAUAAACUUUGUUUAGAUAUAGCCUAAAAAUCAUUAGAGAAAGAGAUUCCACCAUUAUAUAUCGUGUAUUACGAUAUUUCUCUACUCUCUACUGUUAAAUUUUAAUUAUUUAAAAAGCUUGGCAAGACUCACGCUUUAAAUAUUAAAAUUUAACUGUCUCGAGCGGAGAAAUAUCAUAACACACUUGAUGCAGUGGUAGAAUCUAUAUUUCUACCACUGCAUAGAGUGUGUUUCAGUAGUUCUCAACUUCAGAUGGUUAGAUAUUUUAAUUUUAACUGUCGAAUUAUUCAAUUAUUGUGUGAAUACUAUUCUUAAGAUAGAAAUGCAUUUACUAUGCAGCCAUUUAAGCCGUAGUAAAUCAGGUGAAAAUUAUUCAAUAAUAACCACAUCCUAGAUUUUACAAAUUAUAAUGGGAAAAUUCAAAUGUAAGAGAAACAUUUUACUUCACUAGUAGACAUUAUAACUAGUUCACAGUAUACUGAACAUCACAAGUGAAGCAUCAUAUCCUUGCAGUUACACUGUUUUCAUUUCCUACCUUUUUGGGGGGAGGGAAUUUAGAAAUUAAUUUUUGACAGAAUUUUAAUGCUAUUGUUCCAGUAACAGUGCUUCAAAAUUUUUGGCCAAACUUUAUUAUAAUUUUAUGUUAAAUGUUCUACUGAAUAAAUGAAUUGAGUUGUUGCAUGUCUUCUGUUGUUUAAAAUAGAAAAUGAAAAAUUUUAAAUGUAUAAUUCAUCUUUAUCACUCAUGUACAAUGUUGAUGCUUUUUAUCCACCGAAGUCUGAAAAUAUAAAUGAUAAGCUCUUCAUUGACCAUUUUCAGCAAAGGUGAAAGUUCAUAAAUGCCUUAUUUUGGCCCUAAAAUCAAAGUCUUUAGAAUUCUAAUUAGAUAUUCCAAUUGUUCAAAGAUAUAUAACCCACUACUUUCUUUUAUCUGUAUUUGAUAAAAUGAUCCAAUUUUAUGCAGGAAAAGUAGCAUUAGAAACUGCACUCAAUAUAAUUUUUUUAUCGCAAACUACAUUUUUUUCAGAGUUGAUCUGAACGGACUUGUGAUAUGUACAGUUUUUUUUUGUAUAUUUUAAUUGCUAUUAAAUCAAAGAAUUUGAAUUAAGUUUAUGGAAGGCCAUUUUAAGAACAAAAAUAUUUUUGUUAUUUGUUAUAUAUACUAUUUGUACUAAAGUGUAUUUGUAAAAAAAAGAUAAAAAGUGAAUGUUAUUUAUAUAUAUUGUGUAUUUUUGUUAUGUAUGUAGAUAAUGGUCACUGAUAUAUUCACAAUUCUAUUUUUUAUUACAUAUAGAUAAGAACUAGGAUGAGUGAAUAUUUGUGACGACAACCUGGGUAAAAUAAAUCUGACAUCACAAAAUGAAAUCCAUACAAUGGUGCAGUGCUAAACUAGUCAUUGAUUCAUAUUACUGUCUGUCUUCAUUGAUUCAAGGAAUUUGAUUGGGCGAUUACUGUCUGUCUUUAUUGAGUGAAGGGAUUUGAUUGGUCGAUUGAUGUCUGUCUUCAUUGAGUGAAGGGAUUUGAUUAGUCAAUUACUGUCUAUCUUCAUUCUAUCUUCAUUGAACGAAGGGAUUUGAUUGGUACACUUGUAAAUCUAACAGUUGUCAUUGUUACAGAUCAAAAUUAAAUUUACAUAAACUGAUACUUCUAGUGAAAUUGAUCAACAUAAAUUUAAAUCCUUUCUUUUAAGUAAUUUAUCAAUCAUUCAUUUAUAGCCCUUCUUUUAUUGAACCAUUCCAUUUAAAAGAUAAUUUUUUUUUAAAUGUUUUUUUUUAAGAAAGGUUUUCAUUAAAUUAAGAAAAUGCUAAUAUCAGAUGUGAUUUCAUCACAUUUCAAGAUUUGACCAAGACAUCAUUAAAAUGGUGUAAUAUGAAAAAAAUUGCCACAAUAAAAACUAGAUCUAGAAGUUGACAAAAAAGAGCACUUUGGAUAGAUUAACAUACAAAGAGCACAGUUGUCAUUCAAAACAGUCUAGUAUGAUUGGACAUAGAAUUAUCAGGAAUUGGUUUUUAAUACCAAUGAAAUGCAUAAAAAUCUUUUGCAGUUUUGCCCUUAUUUCAGCUAAAAAUUCAUACAUUCUGUGAAAUCUGAUAAAGCAGUUUAUAUAUUCAAUAUUGUCUCAUUGAAAUUUUUUUCUAUAAAGCAUAAGGAUAAAAUGUUUAUUUGCAGAAAAGAUAACGUACUUUUCACCAACAAACCAUUAACAUUAAACCAGUUGAUCUGAUUGUUACCAUGGUUACAUAAGGAAAUGUUUGAUCUGAUGUAAAUAGUAUUGAGUUCAGCAUAAUAUCAUUGUCAGAUUUAUGUUACUUGGGGUAGGUGCAAUACUCAAAUUUUAGUUAUGUUGCUGAAUAUAGAAUUUAUAUGGCUAGUAGAUGGUAGGUCAUAAUAUUAUCAUCAAGCUCCUUUAUAAUUCAAAGAAUUUUACGAACAAGAAAAGAAGAUAAUUUGACCUAGACCCUUGUAUUUUUAUUCACUAAUGUAUUAUUUUAUUUAACGGAGACUAAUUUUUUUGGUUCAGUUUUGUACAUUUUAUUUGGAAGUUUCAUGUAUGGUAGACAUGGUAGAUGAAAGCAUAUGUUGAUUUUCUUAUGUAAACUUUUAUUUUGUUUGUAAUAUCCCAAUUAUUGGCCUAUAUGUAAGGUAUUUUUGUCACAAUUUUGAUUUAUUUCAUUUCUUUAAAAAAAAAGAAGAAUUAUGAACUUAAGAGAGAACUUUUUUUUUCCUCUUGUUAUAUAUUCACUAUUUUAUUGUUGACUUGAAUUUAGUCAGUAGAUGGAAAUAUUAUGACCUUCUCUUGUGCUUAUUAUUAUGUAAAUGGUAUCUACUUAAUUUAGUAGGCAGUAACUGUGAUUUAAAAACACCAAACAACUUUCAGGAGUGAUGUAUACUAAGGUGGCUUAUUUGUGAUUACAGUGGAUAACUUUUAGGGUAGUGAGUGAUUUUGACUAUUUAAGAUGGCUGCUCCAACAUCUAUUGAUUAAGUAGUGUCAGUGGUUUAUACCUGGGAGGGGAGGGGAGGGGUAGGGCCUCUACUACAAAAACCUUAUAAGAUAAUUGAUUGUAAUUUGUAAUGAAAUGGUAUGAAUUUUUUUUCUCAUUUGAAUUUUUAUUAAGACAACAACUGAAAUUUUGAACCCUAGAUCUUCAAAUGUGAUCACUGAUUUAUGAGUAUAUUGUUAAGUAAGCAGAUCGAAGAUAUACAUUAAGACUUAUUACCAAAUUUCUUAAUCCACUUGUUCAAAUUUACUAUAAACAGAACAAAAUUUCGUAAUUGUAUAUAUACAGAAUUUUAUGGAGUUUUUAACAAUAGGUGAACAAUUUUUAUAUUUAUAGUUUCUUUAUAUUAUGAAUUAAUUUUUAGUCAAUAAAUUUUGAUCUGAACAAAACUGAAGAUGAUAAAAAUAGAAAUGUUCUAAAUAUGCAUGCAAUAUUUACCAAUGAUCAGCAAUAAUCAAUCAUUAGAAUUUAGGAAGAAGUGCAGAAAUUGCUAAUAUAAAAAAUCAAAGAGUCCUUCAAGUUUUUUGAUAGAAUCUAGUGUCAGAGUCAAAUCAAAAGUUUCAAUUUGAAAGUGUUAAAAAAAAAAUAGUGAUCUAAAUCUUGCUAACUACUUUUUGCAUAUCUUUGUACUUAAUGUAAUAUUUUAUCAUAUAAUUAUUUGAAUAUUUAUAAAUCGUCUCCUAAUAAAUGCUGGAAGAUUGGAACUUUUAUGUCAUUUACAAGUCUCUCACAUAUCACCGAGUGAUAAUUUAUAGUUAGUAUAACAAAAAUGAAAUGUAUUUCCCCAACCAAGAUUUUACUUCCUGUUUUUUGGUCUGACUGAAUUGUCAAUGUUAGUCCCAAAAGAGAAAAACAGGGUUUUGGUUUAUUUUUUGUAAUAAUCAUAUAUAUAUAUAUCUAAAAAAUACAUUAGUAUGUUAGCUUUCAGUAGAAUAUAUUCUGAAAUAUAUGAUUGAACACUGUGAAUUCAUAUAUCUCCUAGGUACCAAUUUUUCGUGGAUACAUGAUUUUUAUGGUUUUGCCAAAAUCUGCAUUAAACCCUAGAGAAAAAUUGUACUUCAUUGAACACUUAAAUAUGUUGUUAACCUAUAUCAACAAAAACCACGAAAAAUGGUACCCCACGAAAUAAUUAUGAAUCAACAGUACUGCAUUUUGUAGGUAUUGUGUAAAGAAUGGAAAAGUAUAAGAUUUAGUGAUAAAUGUAUUGCAAUGUUGUUUGGUGUUUUAUUGAUAAGCAUUUAUAUUUUAUUUAAUAGAUCUAACGCUGUUGUAUAUGCUUAUUUUUAUUUUAUAUGAAUUAAUAUAACAGUAAAAACACAAUAUAUUUCUGUCAUCACAAAAUGAAGUGUAUUGAUUUAUGUGGAAUGGUUUAUUUCUGAGGAAAUGACCAAAAAUAAAAACUACAACAGA